AUGUCGAUAGAGGCCUCCUUCAUGCGAAACGUCGUACUCACAUCCUUCGUCAGAGUCUCGAUCAAAGACGAAGAAGCCGCCCGAUCUCUCCGGCCAGAGACCGUCCAACUUGAUGACCGCGAGAACCUCUGUAAAGCACUUCAAGACCGCAGGGAUAAGCAUGGACAGAACGAUUUUCCAGACAUGCCUACACAUGGGUUUGCCAAAAUAUUUUUCGACGAUGCCUCUGAAAAGCUUGAGCAGAUAAGUGGAUCUUACGGCUCUCCGAGCACCUCAACGCUACGAGGUCGGUAUAGAAAGCAAUCCUACGGUCAAUUCAACAUGACUAACUAUUCAUUUCAGGGCACAUAUUUAUUCUGCCGGACGCUAUGUCUUCCGGCUCAAGAUAUUUCGGUCCAACUUGCCGUGGAGGACGACGCGGGAGCCUGCAUCUUACUCACACUAGACAACCUCCCUGACCUUUAUCAAGCCGACCUGUCUGCCAUCGAUGCCAUGUUCCCAACAGGAACCGUUCUGUUAAUUCGCGAGCCGUUCAUUGUAGUCACCGCAGAUCGCCAGCGUGCCACAGUCAGAGUCGACUCGCCUUCUGAUGUCCUCGUCCUUAACCGUGCCCAUCCUCUUCUGGAAGGAUACAGCUGGCGCCAGUCCAUGCUAGAUAAUCCGGAAACCUUCAAGAGUGUCGGUACCAGCCACUUCCGGCAGAGCCAUUUCGUAGCGGCCGUCAGCUCUUGGUCUCAAGGUCUUUCAAUCAACCUUUCGUCUGUCGAUCUACUGCUCAACCGGUGUAUGGCCUUUCUACGUCUGGAGUGGUACGCCGCUGCCUACAGAGAUGCAUCCAAGGUACUAGAGUUGGUCACCGACCCCGGGGGGUCGUCAUCGCAUACGCAGUCAGUUGCAAAAGGGAACAGAGACAAAGCAGACUUCCGUGCUGCGCGGGCGCUCUACGGUCUCGCCAAAUAUAGCGAUGCGCUUGCGCGAUUCACUUCGCUCGGUCGAAGCGGACAACUUGCGGAUAAAACCUGGAUCAAGAGGUGCCAGACUCGGAUGGAAGAGACGACAAGCGGAGUGUACGAUUGGGAGGCUAUGUUUCGUAGUGGCCUGGAGGGGAACGGGGCCCCCGUCGACGUCGCCGACUUUGUUGGGCCGCUCAAAGUUUGCGGGAUGCCUGAUCGAGGUGGUGGUCGUGGUGUGCGUGCGACUGAGGAUAUUCGAGCGGGUGCAUUAUUGGCCAAGCUGGGACAGGUUGUUUCGAAAGCGUACGCUCUCGUGUCGGCGGCAGAACAGGAACAGAAGAAGAGUAUGAAUAUCAUUCAUGUUCCCACCCAGACGAUCGCAGGGGGUUCUGAGGUCGACCUGGUUCAAAAGGUCAUUACGAGGUUAUAUGGAUGUCCGGAGGAUACCCCACUGAUCUACGGUCUGUUCUCGAAUGCAGACCCAGACCGUUUCCAUCUUCCCUCUACGACAUACCCUCCGCUGGGUACGGAACCAGUCCUUGCGUGCCACGCUCCCCCCGACCCAGCCGACAUAAACGUCGAUUACAUCGACGGAGUGAUCUUCUCGAACUGUUUCGGCGGAGACACAGUAAGGGUUGCGUCCGUUGUUCCACCUUCGAAGCUCGGCCAGCAUUCUGCCGUUCUCCAUACCUUGCCCUCGCUCUUCAAUCACUCCUGCGCUCCAAAUGCGACAUGGAGGCUCUUUGGCGACACCAUGGUCAUCCGAUCCAACCGUGAUAUCCCUAAAAAUACCGAGAUAACACUGGCGUACGUGUCACCAGCUGGGAAUGCACGGACUCGUUCGAAGGACCUCUUCACCAAGCUCUUGGGUCCUUGCAAUUGUGACCUCUGCGAACUGGACAGACUGGACACCGAAGAUGCGUGGAACGUUUGGGACAGCUUCCAGAAACGUAAUCUCAGGAGUUGCUCCUCAGAGACUGAGCUGAAUAGCGCCAUCGAACACCUACAGUCAUCCUUCGCGAGAUCCGGUCGGACGACCCAUUAUACUCUGCUCGACAGUCAUGACGAAGCCAUGCAGUGGUACCAGGAGAAGGCUACCUCUCGUGCACCUGUUGAUCGUGUCGCCGCAAAAGCAAUGAUUCGUCAUGGCGUAGAGGCCCUUCGUGCGGCUGGUUUGGACAUAUUCCCUGACGAACCGCAAUACUCGCCUCGCUAUAAAGCCAACACCCGCGGUCAACCUGGUCAAAAGUCAGAGUUCGCGUUACCGAUGUUGAAGGGAAGGUUGCCAGCAAACACAACAACGCAGGAGCAAUGCAUCUUCAUUAUUACGCAGAUGGCCGCCGUUUUCACGAUGAUGCUGGAGAAGACGCAGGCACGACGAUGGAUCCGUGCGGCGUGGUUCAUCCACGAAAACACGAUCGGUGGAGGCAAAGUCUUAUUCGAGGAAAGAUUCAAGAAGGCUGCCGCAUUGAAAAAUGACUUGACGGAUCUCGAGUAUCGAUGGGACUGA